AUGUUCCGAUUUAAAUUAACUGAAUCCAUACAAAAAGACUUGUUUAAUAAGUUGUAUAAAUUAUAUCGCAAGGGUAUAUCAAGUCUACUACUGAGUGAAACGUUAAGACCGUUCCUAAAUCAAGCCAUCUUAUACAGAACAUUGAGAGUCUGUACUGACGAGAGCAGUAUCAUUACUAACACUGAGCUUGACAUAAGUUUAUUUGAGGAAUUCCAAGAAUUUGGCCAAGUAGUUUCAAGUGUUUUAGAAUUUUCAGCUCUCAUGAAGAAAAUUGAAACAGAGAUGAAUAAAAGCUUGACGCCAUACCAGGAGGCCACAAUACAAUUUUUAACAUCAGAGAUAUUACGAAACACUGCCAUGCUGAAACUGUGUGAUGUAUAUCAACAAAAAAAUCGUAAUAAGGUUUAUUACACAACAAAUUACGUAUCCCGAUUGUUAAAACUGUCAUGUACAUUAGGUUGUGUCUCAGAUAUUGUAUAUCUUGCAUUGUAUUAUUACAAAACAUGUAGAUUUGAACAGUCACUUAGUUGUUUGCAAAAAGCUCAGGACAGAAUGACAAAUCCAUGCAUCAUAUAUUGUGAUCAUGUAAAUGUACAUAUGUACACACGCUGCACUGUGGGGAUGUCUCUGAAUCGUAAAAUGAGAAUCGCUCUAGUUCUAGAUAUUGUGUUAAAUAGUGAGUACACAUACAUUGAUGAACUAAUUCUAGAGCAGAAGAUCAGUGACGAGAAUGGCAGAAUUGCAUUGUUCAUUCCACCUCUAGUGAUGUUACACAUGUUGUUUAUACUGAAUCACCACAGACUGGGUGACACAGUCAGGUCACAACAAUCUCUACAGGAUCUACACACUCUGCUGCUCUAUGAUGUCGGGAUUUAUGUACCUUUUAAUCUCAGAGAUAUUUCGUGGCAAAUACUCGGAAUCUGUCAACAAAUCUGUGGGGACUUCCAGGGAGCUCUAGAAUCUUACCAACAUUCGUUACAACAAAAUCCAUAUCACAAGAUUCAGGAAGCAACGCUGUAUAGAGUGGGCACAAUUACUCAAUGA